AUGGCGGAUUCAUGGCCUCUGCAGCUCCUCACGUUCCUCUUGUCCUUCACGCUGUGGGGAUACUCCGUGGCCAUGUCGGACGACGGCCGCGUCCUACUCCAGUUCAGGGCGACGCUGUCCUCCGGCGGAGGCGACGCUGCUCUUUCCAGCUGGGCCGGCGGCAAGGGACCAUGCAUGGACCAGAACGUCUCCGCGUGGACCGGCGUCUACUGCGAGAAUGGGAAUGUGUCGACGCUGCAGCUGGAGAACAUGGGCUUGUCGGGCAAGUUGGAUCUCGACAUCCUCACCGGGUUGCUGGGCCUCCGCUCGCUCAGCUUCAGCAACAACAGCUUCGAGGGACCGGUACCGGACUUCACGAAGUUGCCCGCGUUGAAGUCCAUAUACCUGUCGAUGAACCGGUUCUCCGGUGAGAUACCGGACGGCAUGUUCUCGGCAAUGCGGGCGCUCAAGAAGGUGUGGCUGUCGCACAACAACUUAUCCGGGCGGAUCCCGAGCUCUUUGACGGUGCCAACCAAGCUCAUGGAGGUGGGACUCGAUGGCAACAAGUUCGAGGGGAAGCUGCCGGAUCUCCGACAGCCGGAGCUGCGCAUGGUGAACGUCUCCUACAACAAUCUCGAGGGGCCGAUCCCGGAGAGGCUCAGCAAUAUGAGUGCAAGUCUAUUCGAAGGCAACAAGAACCUUUGUGGAGCACCACUCGGGGUCUCAUGCACACCAUCGAAGAAGCUCGCGCCUGCUCUUCUUGUCGGCAUCAUACUGAUAGCAGUUAAAGUCCUGACGCUACUCAUCGGACUGAUUGGUUUCCUCCUUCGACGCCGCGCCCCAAAAGGAAAGACUACAACGGACAAGCUUCAACCCGGUAAAUCCAAAAGGAUCGAGGAUUUGGAGGCAGCCAGUGUGGAGAAAGGAUCAGCAGAUCACGAUGGGGAAAAGAAGAAGGUGUCGAAGAAGGAGCAAGGGAAGUUGACGUUCGUUGCGGAGGGAAGGAGGAAGUUCGACAUGCAGGAUUUGCUCAAGGCUUCAGCCGAAGUCCUUGGCAGCGGAAAUUUCGGGUCUUCCUACAAGGCCACCCUGGUCGACGCCCCUGCGGUGGUCGUGAAGAGGUUCAAGGAGAUGAAUGGUGUGGGAAGGGAAGACUUCCAAGAGCACAUGAGGAGGCUGGGGAGGUUGUCGCACUCAAACCUCCUGCCUCUGGUGGCCUACUACUACAGGAAGGAGGAGAAGCUGCUGAUAACCGAGUUCGUCCCCAAGGGAAGCUUGGCUCACAUGCUGCAUGGAAACCGCGGCUCGACGGAGUCACCGCUCGAUUGGCCGACGCGCUUGAACAUAGUUAAAGGCGUAGCAAGAGGCCUCGCUUACCUCUACGAGGAGCUCCCGAUGCUGACCGUUCCCCAUGGCCACUUGAAGUCCUCCAACGUGCUGCUCGACCAGUCACUCGCGCCCCUCCUCGCGGACUACGCCCUCGUGCCGGUGAUGAACAAGGCAACCGCUUCCAAGGUCAUGGUGGCCUACAAGUCCCCGGAGUGCGCCCGCCAUGGCAAGCCUUCCAAGAAGAGCGACGUGUGGUGCUUCGGGAUACUAAUUCUCGAGAUACUAACAGGUGAGUUCCCGGCCAAUCAUCUGACCCAGGGGAAAGCAGGCGCGGGGGACUUGGCGAGCUGGGUAAGCAGAAUCGCCAGUGAAGAACGGGCAAGCCCAGUGUUCGACAAGAACAUGAAGGGGACCGAGAACAACGAAGGGGAGAUGUUGAAGCUGCUGCAGAUAGCAAUGGCCUGCUGCGAAACCGAUGAUGAGAGCAGGUGGGAGCUGAUGACAGUGCUGGAAAAGAUCGAAGAGAUAAAAGGAGAGUGA